AUGCAUUCUCCUAGAAUCCUAUUUCUUGCCCUCGCCAUCUUUGGUCUGCCUAAACUAGGCCUGGCUGGGGCAUACGAUGAGGACGCUUCCCUCCAACCCAUGAGCGAGCGUGACGAAUUCUCGGGUGCCGACAUCCUAGAACUGGGUGCUAGGGAUCGAGUUGGAGUCAAACAUGGCUACGGAGGCAGAGCCAGACCCGGCAAACUGGACAAACGUGCCGGAGAGCAAUGUUACCCCAUCAAAGACACACGGAGAAUCUAG